AUGACUGUCUGUGGCCUGCAAACUGUGCCGCGCGGGCCGACUUGGGUCGUCGUCCGAGCUCUCCUGUACCAGGACGGGUGCACCACGAGCUUCGCAGACUGCGGAUUCGAGAACCUUGUCCCAGGCCUAAUUUUGAGACAGAGUAAACAAACGAAAAGUGACGGGACUGUAGGUGAAGCUGCAUUUAAAAAGAUAACUUCCCUUGAAGAGGAGCUGACUUUUCUUCGCACCCAGAUCGCUGCCAUCGUGGGAAGGCGGGAACUGAAAGCCAGUAGGCUGGGCUUCUUUGACUUGAAUGAUAAGCCUCGUGGUUUGGGACAAAGACCAUCACCAGGGACUACUGAACUGAGUGCCCAGCCAGAUCCAUUUUCAAGUCCAAUGCUUUUUCCUCCUCCUUCUCUUCCUCUUCCUCCUCCACUGCCCCCUCAGCUUUUUUCUCCACAGCCGACCUGUUCUCCUCUCACACAGUCAGGAUCUAAUAAUAUGUGUGUCUCAGAUAAUUCCGCAAAUGAAAUGAAAAAACAGCACCUGGCUAACAGUAAGACCAAUUACAGUCAUUCAAAAAACCAGGAAAAUAAAGAUGUUCCAAACAUGUUGGAUGUACUAAAGGACAUAAAUAAGGUUAAACUCCGUGCUAUUGAACGGUCACCUGGAGGUAGACCCAUUCAGAAGAGGAAAAGACAAGAUUCACAUUGGGAUCCAGUAUCUUUAACAUCCCAUGCACUUAAGCAGAAGUUUGCAUUCCAAGAAGAUGAUUCCUUUGAGAAAGAAAAUAGGUCUUGGGAAUCUUCUCCGUUUUCUAGUCCAGAAACUUCAAGAGUGAGCUAUAAUAACGUAAAGCUAGUGUUUUAAUUUUUCUUAAGUAUGUCAUUCAUGAUACAUCUUCGCCUUCAGGUUCUUUUGAAGUACUUGCACAGAAUGGGUCAUUGG